GCUGUAUGAAACGUGAUCUUUGCCUUAAAAUACGACACGAAAUGAACUCAACUAAAAAAUAAAUAAAGUCAUGUAUGCAUGGACAAAUACUAUGUUUUUGUGUUUAUCGACUGGAAGUGAAAGUUUUAAAAGUAUUAUUUUUAAGUAGUCGAUGGAGCAUACGGAUGUAUACGUAGUUCACAAAGAGAGACUGAAUAUUUAUGUUUGUUUUUCUAAAAUAUUCUAAUAAUGGUGAGUGAAAUAUUCUUAAAUAUUUUCCAACUUAUUCGUAUAAAUAAAAUUUAUUGGUUUCUUUUAGUAUUAUCAAGAAGUGAAUGGGAAAGUAAGGAAAAGAGCGUCAGAUGAUUUUAACAAAAAAAUCGAUACCGAAACUCGAGAUUCAGAAGGAAAAAUUAAUAAUGUUUCUGUAUCCAAUGGUCGAAUUAUUGCACUUGUUUUUUUAUCGCUUUUAUUAGACUUGUUAGCUUUUACCAUGAUAUUGCCACUUCUACCCACCUUACUGGAUUAUUAUAACAGAGAAGAAGGCCACACAAAUAGUUUUUAUUCACAUCUACUCCAGGCAGUAAAGAGAUUCCAAAAAUUAACUGGUGCACCAGAUCAAUUUGCCUCUGUUUUGUUUGGAGGGGCCUUAGGCUCCAUGUACAGUUUUCUACAGUUUUUGACAAGUCCUAUAGUUGGAAGUCUCUCUGAUGCAUACGGUAGAAAACCCCUGCUUCUGAUUUGCUUGAUUGGUAUAGCAAUAUCACACGCCCUCUGGAGCUGUGCAAGUACUUUUAGUUUGUUUGUAUUUGCACGUUUCAUUGGUGGCUUAAGUAAAGCUAAUGUAAGCCUCUGUAUGGCAAUUGUUACUGAUGCAUCUAAUGAAAAGACCCGAGCUAAAGGAAUGGCUCUAAUUGGUCUAGCAUUCUCAAUUGGAUUCAUAGUCGGGCCAUUAGCUGGAGCGUGGUUCGCGAAGAGCGGCGAUAUUACAUUUGGUGCUUGGGGAGAGAAGCCCGCCUACUACGCUCUUUCUCUCGCCGUAGCGAAUAUAUUCGUCGUUCUAUUGUGUAUACCGGAGACAUUAGCGAAAGAAAAACGUGCACCUCUAUUACUUACGCUUUCUAAAUCUGUGGAUUACGUCUCACCUUGGCAUUUAUUAAGAUUUACAGCUGUGAAAAAGCUAUCCUCUCACCAAAACAAAGUUCUAAACAAACUGGGUCUUAUUUACUUCUUAUAUUUAUUUAUAUACUCGGGACUCGAGUUCACUAUAACAUUCCUGACUCACCAUACAUUCGGUUAUACUGCAAUGCAACAAGGAAAAAUGUUUUUGGUAAUAGGUUUAAUAAUGGCAGUAUUGCAAGGUGGCGCUGCUCGUCGACUCGGUGCAGUCGGCGCGGAGAAAGCUGCGCGUGCGGCGCUCGUUUUAACUCCUCCAUCGUUCCUUUGUAUUGCUCUCGCUGCGUUGCCGCACUCAACUAUAUUUCUGCCCAACACCUGGCUUUGGAUUGGGCUUGUAUUGUUCGCCAUAUCGACUGCGUUUGCAGUAUCGUGUAUGACGUCAAUGGCUGCGGGACAGGCUCCUCAGGAAGCACGCGGUGCGGUGUUGGGCAGCUUACGUUCACUAGGUGCACUAGCAAGAGGAACGGGCCCUAUGGUUGCCGCAUCAGUGUACUGGUGUUCGGGUGCUGCGAUUACAUACGCAAUUGGUUCAGCGAUUUUAAUAAUUCCUGCUGUGAUGAUAUAUAGACUGAAAAUUUAAAUGUACUUUUAUCGCAUAUACAGUACCUAUAUAUAACAAGCAAUAACACUAGAACUAAGUCACAAUGAACAAUUCCAUUAGUUAAUUUAUUAUCUUUUUAUACACUUUUUGCCUUAUUGUAUUUUUAUCAUAAACUCUAUUGUGUUGUCUCGAAUAACAGUAUUAAAUUAUUUUACAAAUGAAUACA